AUUUUUUCCUAAAAACAACCAGCAUGCCCUUGCCUUUGUGUUUGCCAUUAACGAGAUCAACAAAGCAGCUGAGCUGUUACCCAACACCUCCCUGGGAUUCAAGAUUUAUAACAGUGCUUUUGAUUCAAGGGAAACAAGUAUGAAUAUAGUGAGCAUCCUGUCCAGUGGAAAAGGGCAUUGUCCCAAUUACAGCUGUGCGAGGAAAGAGACAAUAGUGGCUGUCGUUGGGGGUCUUACCUCCAAGAACUCUAUCCAGGUGGCCAACAUUUUAAAUACCCACAAGGUCCCACAGCUCAGCUAUGGCUCCUUUGAUCCAGUGUUGCGAGACAAAGUUCAGUUUCCUUCUUUUUACCAGAUGGUUCCAAAAGAAGGUCCUCAGUAUGCUGGGAUCGUGCAGCUCGUCAAGCAUUUUGGGUGGACAUGGGUCGGCCUCUUGGUUCCAGACAACGAUAGUGGAGAAAGCUUCCUUCGAACCCUGAGAGCAAGGCUUUUGCAGAAUAGGAUUUGCCUUGCUUGGGUACAGGUGAUCCCCUUCUUCUCAAACUUUUCACCAGUGGAAAUCUUUGACAAAAAGUUGGUACCUCUUGAAUCAGCUCUUGUAUCGAGUGAGGUCAAUGUGGUCCUUGUCCAUGGUGACAAUCAGUCUCUGGAGUGCCUCAGACUAAUUGUGUUCAGGAAUGAAGUUUUGCGUAAGCGCCCUGUAGAGAGGGUGUGGAUCACUACAGCGGAAUGGGAUAUCACGGCUGUACCCGACUGGGAAGAAUUCACGCCUAAGUCCUUCCAUGGAGCCUUGGCAUUCACUCUUCAUACAAAGAAGGUGCCAGGAUUUCAGGACUUCCUUGAGAAAAUACAUCCAUACCAGUCAAAUGUUUAUUACAUUAAGUAUUUCUGGUUCACGACGUUUAACUGUCCGUUCCCAGAUGAUACCCUUUUGCUUCCAGACCAGGAAUACUGCACAGGGGAGGAGAAGCUGGCGAGCCUUCCUGGCUCUGUGUUCGAACUGGGCAUGUCCGGCCAGAGCUACAAUGUCUACAAUGCUGUCUAUGCUGUGGCAUAUGCCCUCCAAGCAAUGGGUUUGGUGGGAGCCAAAGGGACCUCAAGAAGAGAUGAAGGAAGCUGGAAACUUUCUCAAGUUCAGUCAUGGCAGCUUCACUCUUUUCUGAGAAAUAUCCACUUCAAUAACAGUGCAGGGGAAGAAAUUGUCUUUGAUGGCAAAGGGGAGCUGGCAGGAGGAUACGAUCUCAUCAACUUGGUGACCUUCCCCAAUGGCUCAUUCCAGAGAGUCCAAGUUGGGAGGGUAGACCCCAUGGAUCCUGCAGAGGAUGGUUUCACUGUUAAUGAAAGUGCCAUUGUGUGGAAUCACAGGUUUCCUCAGAUGAUGCCCAGGUCCACCUGUGUGGAGAGCUGUCGCCCUGGACAGAGCAUGCUUGUCCAUGAGGAGAAGCAAAUCUGCUGCUAUGGCUGCCUCGAGUGCCCCCAUGGGGAGAUUUCCUUCCUGUUGGAUUCAGUCCAUUGUGAGAAGUGCUCAGAAGAUCAGCGUCCAAACAAGAAGCGGAACCACUGUGUUCCCAAAGAGAUCAGCUACCUCUCUUACCAGGAGCCCCUGGGGGUCGUUCUGGCAUCCUUAGCCCUUGUGCUCUGUGUGCUCACAGUGAUGAUGACUGGGGGCUUCAGCGUGCGCUGGAACACACCUGUUGUCAAGGCCAACAACUGGACCAUCACGUGUGCCCUGCUCGCCUCCCUGCUGCUCUGCUUCCUCUGCUCCUUCUUGUUCAUAGGGAGGCCCAGGAAGAUAACCUGCCUCCUGCGGCAAACCAUGUUUGGCACUGUCUUCUCCAUCGCUGUGUCCUGUGUGUUAGCAAAGACCAUCACGGUGGUGCUGGCCUUCAUGGCGACAAAACCCGGAAACAAGCUGAGGAAAUGGGUUUUUGGGAAGAAAUUCGCUCUCUUGGUCAUCGUUCUGUGUUCUCUGUUUCAAGUGGGCAUGUGUGCUGUAUGGCUGGCAACUUCUCCCCCCUUCCCAGAGUUUGAUGUGCACUCUCAAGAUGACCUGAUCAUAGUUCAAUGCAAUGAAGGCUCCCUCCUCAUGUUCUACAUUGUCCUGGGCUACAUGGGGGUUUUGGCCAGCCUCAGUUUCACUGUGGCGUUCCUUGCCAGGAAGUUGCCUGAUACCUUCAAUGAAGCCAAGAUGAUCACCUUCAGCAUGCUGGUCUUCUGCAGUGUGUGGGUGUCCUUUGUGCCCACCUACCUGAGCACCAAGGGGAAGUACAUGGUGGCUGUGGAGAUCUUCUCCAUCUUGGCUUCUGGGGCCGGCAUAUUGGGUUUUAUCUUCCUGCCCAAGUUUUUCAUUGUAAUAUUUAGGCCAGAACUGAAUACGAGAGAGCAGUUAGUCAGGAAGAAGCAUGGCUAGAAUAGAGUGGGGAGGUUGAACUUUGGGGUUUCCUAGGAAGGGCAUUCCAUUGAAAUGUAGGAAGGCUCAUGUGGCAAAAUGCUCUCUUUUUAAUAGUGUGGUGCCCAAUUGUUUGUGAAUCACAAGCAAAAUUUUGAAUAUCUGCUCCAAACAGGUAGCCAAUGAAACUGUUUUAACCAGAGUCAAGUGCUCUCUGCAUGUAUGUAUGGCUAUCUUGUGGCUGCCAUCCAGACCAAGGAAGGCUGGUGGACAUACUUGAAGAGUAGAAGUUAUCAGUAUUAGCAUACCUUGCCAGACGCCCAUCCCUGGUAGUUUCCUAGGGGGAACCAGCAGCAGC